GUGGAAAAGAACACAUAAGGGAACGAAGCCUUUUUUUUUCUUGUGGGAGAACUUAAUGCUGCAUUGGUCAUUACCCUAACAUCCCACCCUACAACAAAAGGAAGAAGAGGAGGAAGGAAGGAGAAGAAGGUGAUUCAGGAAGAGAGCGAUCAUGUCAGGGCGGCCGAGAACCACCUCCUUUGCGGAGAGCUGCAAGCCGGUGCAGCAGCCUUCGGCGUUUGGCAGCAUGAAAGUUAGCAGUGCAUUGGAUAAAAAGAACAAGACACGGUUUCCUGUCACUAAGUUUGCAGGAGACAAGGAUGGCAGUAAAGUGACCACAGUAGUGGCAACUCCUGGGCAGGGUCCAGACAGGCCACAAGAAGUCAGCUAUACAGACACUAAAGUGAUUGGAAACGGGUCAUUUGGUGUGGUAUAUCAAGCCAAACUUUGUGAUUCAGGAGAAUUGGUUGCCAUCAAGAAAGUAUUGCAAGACAAGAGAUUUAAGAACCGAGAGCUCCAAAUCAUGAGAAAGCUAGAUCACUGUAACAUAGUCCGAUUGCGUUAUUUCUUCUACUCAAGUGGUGAGAAGAAAGAUGAGGUCUAUCUCAAUCUGGUGCUGGACUAUGUUCCGGAAACAGUAUACAGAGUUGCCAGACACUAUAGUCGAGCCAAACAGACGCUUCCUGUGAUCUAUGUCAAGUUGUAUAUGUAUCAGCUGUUUCGAAGUUUAGCCUAUAUUCAUUCCUUUGGAAUCUGCCAUCGGGAUAUUAAACCACAGAACCUCUUGUUGGACCCUGAUACAGCUGUAUUAAAACUCUGUGACUUUGGAAGUGCAAAGCAGCUGGUCCGAGGAGAACCCAAUGUUUCGUAUAUCUGUUCUCGGUACUAUAGGGCACCAGAGUUGAUCUUUGGAGCCACUGAUUAUACCUCUAGUAUAGACGUAUGGUCUGCAGGCUGUGUGCUGGCUGAACUGUUGCUAGGACAACCAAUAUUUCCAGGGGACAGUGGUGUGGAUCAAUUGGUGGAAAUAAUCAAGGUUCUGGGGACACCAACAAGGGAGCAAAUUAGAGAAAUGAAUCCAAACUAUACAGAAUUCAAAUUUCCUCAAAUUAAGGCACAUCCUUGGACUAAGGAUUCAUCAGGAACAGGACAUUUCAACUCAGGAGUGCGGGUUUUCCGACCCCGAACUCCACCAGAGGCAAUUGCACUGUGUAGCCGUCUGUUGGAGUAUACACCAACUGCCCGACUGACACCACUGGAAGCUUGUGCACAUUCAUUUUUUGAUGAAUUACGGGACCCAAAUGUCAAACUACCAAAUGGGCGAGACACCCCUGCACUCUUCAACUUCACCACUCAAGAACUGUCCAGUAAUCCAACUCUAGCUACCAUCCUUAUUCCUCCUCAUGCUCGGAUUCAAGCAGCUGCUUCAACCCCAACAAAUGCCACAGCAGCCUCAGGUUGAAAACCCUUCUAACAGAAAAGGGAAUCAUGAUAGGAGUUGGACAAGAUGCUAAUGCUGGAGACCGUGGACAGACCAAUAGCUCUGCUUCUGCAUCAGCUUCCAACUCCACCUGAACAGUCCCGAGCAGCCAGCUGCACAGGAAAAACCACCAGUUACUUGAGUGUCACUCAGCAACACUGGUCACGUUUGGAAAGAAAAUUAAAGAGAGAAAAAAACCUGCUCAUUUUAGUGUUCAAUUUUUUUAUUAUUGUUAUUAUUUAACCUUGUAAAAUAUCUAUAAAUACAAACCAAUUUCAUUGUAUUCUCACUUUGAGGGAGACCCAGGGGUGGGAGGGGGAGGGGGAGGGAAAGCGGAGCACCAGAACAGAUCUCUCUCCCACGACAAUCUUACCAGAAGUCUGCUGUUAGAUACUUAAAAACAGAACUCCUGCUUCAUGCCCCUUCCACAAAAGAAGAAAACUUCGUUCUGGCUGAAGUUUUUUUUUUUACCUUCUUUUCUUUUAAAGUCAAGUGUAAGACUUGGUAUAGUGCACAGCUUGAAAUUGGUUAGGAGCUUAGCAGGUGUAACCCCAUGGGGACUUAAAUGUCACUUGUAAAAUUAAUCCAUAUCAUCGGGCGUUUGAAGACUUGCCUUUGGCAUGUUGGUGGCAGGCAUGGCAGACAAAAAGAGAAAAAGGAAAUGUGUAUUCUGUGUAACCCUGGGAGGUCAAUAAAGUUAGAAGCUGUAAGGGAAAGAUUCUUAAUUGAUUUGUUAAAGUUCUGUUUUGCUCUUAAUCAUGUUAGUGGUGGGGGAUUUGUGUAAGAGGCUGUCGGGAAGGAGCCUGCCUGCCCUUCCUGUGGAUCUUGGCUUGCCUGGCCAAACGUUCUCCGCACACCUUGGUGCGGUUGUACACUGGUGGCGGAGGAGAAGGCUGACAAAGCGGUGGGCUGGCACCCUGGCUGCAGAGGUCAAAAGCCGAUAAACCUGGAGGAAGGGACGGGCCAGGGCGGAUCUCACCACUGUGAAUGAAGUAGUCCAGAUUCUUUUCUAAAGUUGCUUCCCUUGGAAAGAUACACUUGAGAAGACAUUAUAGUUAAAUAAUGUGAACUGUAACAGUCUACUGGUUUAUUUUCAUAUUUUUUUAAUUACAGAUUGAGCUUGCAGAAAUUGCCACAUUCUGCACAUAGUUCUAAUUUUAAAUCCAAAUCUAGAAUCUGUAUUUAAUUUCAGCUUUUUUUUAACCUCAUGCUUUUUAAAUUUUUUAUUUAUUGAUGCAUGUGUCAGGCCAUUAUUAUUCUAGAUGAUAGGAAUAUUAAAAACUACACAUCCAAAUGAUAUAAACAGUCACUUGUACCUGCUGACUUUUUAGGAAAGUGGAUUACAUAAAUGUGUGUAUAGGUGUUAUAUAUGCAUAGAUUCAGUACUGCCUUUUGUUUUUGUCUUCAUUUUGUCCACAGUAUCAACAUUGACUGCUUGAAGAGUGAGAAGAAGAAUGUUUCCCCAUACCCAGUUAAGAGUUUUGCUUGUUUUCUUUCCUGUAUCAGUAAUGGUGUAAGAACCAGUCUCUGUUUUUGAAGAAAAAGCAAUAUUCCUUGGAAAGCAAGGAGGAUUGAAGGAUUAUGUUUGCAGUGAGGAAAUGGAUUUUCACAGAGUUUGUUUUCACGUUUAAGGUUGACAUCUAUGUGGGCCUUAUAUACUCUAAAAUGAACCUUAGUCACCUUGGUGCUUACGGGCCAUUACUUGACCUAUGAAUCUUAAAGGCACAACCAGCUGUACUUUACAUGUAAAGGUUACUUGAGUGAUGGCCGCCUUUCCCCGCUCCCGCUCCUUCCCCGCACGCCUUCUACGGUUCACCGAGAGCCAGGGCUGCAGAGCUGGGCCCUGGGUUGCGUGUGACUUACCUUCCCCUUCUCAUUGCCACCUUCUGCCAUGGGGGUCUCGCCCUCCAGGCGAUUUGGAAGUGGAGUCUCUUGACAGCCCUCAUGCAGGUCCCCGGAGCCUGUACUGCUUCUUACCCACCUGACUCCCAGAGAGUCGACUGCCUGCUGACGUGAACCAGUGCCAGGAAGGCAACUGUGAGCCAUCGUCGUUUUCACUCACUGUUUAAGCUCUUAGGCCGCAAAAGGGGUUUCUCAAACCUCUGUUUAUAUCAGAGUUCAUGAGAAAGGAAACAUCCUCAGUCAAACCAAAUCAAACAUACUGAAUUUUACUUUUCAUAAUGAGCAUCUGAGAGCUGAUUAAGAUUGGAAAGACAUCUGAAUGAAAGUAUUUGGCAACAUGAUACUAAAGGAAUGGCUUUGAUAGGCCAUUUUCAGGAAAGAUAAAGAGGCCGAACAGCAGGUCUGUGACAGAAAUGGACCUGCUUUCAGACCACUGCCCAGCCAACAUCUGGACAGACACUACUCUGGAUUUGGUAUAUCUGCCAGAGUCCAUAAAAAUCUGUGUGUGUUUUACAAAAUACCUUCCCCCCGAUAAAUGGGGUGAGAAAAGAGAAGAGUCUGAUGCUUUCCUCUCGGGUUGUGUGUGCGUGUGUGAGGGCUGAGUUGCGUGGUUUUUUCUUUCUCAAGGAUCAUGGCAGGAUCACAGCUCUUUUAUACAAGUGAGAUCCAGGUCUCUGCGUAUCUUUUUGUAAAUAAUAAUAAAAGCUCCUCACCAAAUUCAAGCCUGUACAUUACAUUUUCUUUCAAUGUUUUUAAAUUUAAGUUUUAUUGUUUUGUAUGUAAAUAUGUGGACCCAGGAACUGUUAUUAAUGAGCAAAAAGUUACUGUUCAGGGCAGUGAUUCUGUUUAAUAAUCAGACAAAAUGUAGACGAGCUUUUUAAAGCCAUAUAGUUUUAACUCUGUACAAUAGGUACCGGCCUGUAUUAUUGUAACAAUAACUCUAGCAAUGUAUAGUGUAUCUAUAUAGUUUGGAGUGCCUUCGCUUCCAUGUGUUUGUUUUUUUGUUUUUCAUUUUUUUAAUUUUAAUUGGUUUCUCUCUCUAGCCAUGUCUCCCUGUCCCGACCCUUUUCCCUAUGAGAUAAUAGUUCACUCAUAACACAGUGUCUGUGCCCCUUCACGGUGAAUUUCAGUGACACCAUGCUCAGGAGUGGAAAGAGGAAACCAUGUUUAUAAUCUCACAUCAUGUAAGCCCUGCCUUUGUUUUGGUUCUGAACAUACGUCUUCCUCAGUAGCAGUGACCGGUUUCAUUUCAUCCCGAGGCCGGCCGGGGGCUCAGCACAGUGCCGGGGGCCCUGGAGCCGGAGGGAUCCAUUAGCUUCUGCUCGUCUCUUCCCCAAACCCUAACCAUUGUCUUAAAAAAGCAGAUUCCAUGCUCACUCUCACAAAUGAGAGGGGAGAAUUGGUUCUUGUAAAUCAGAAUUCCAUCAUAGUGUCAGGUUUUGCUAGUCAGGUCUGAAUUGCCAAAAGGCAGUUGCAGGCAGUAACACCGGAGUGCCGUGAGGACUGGGGCUUACCCAGGGUACUCCAUCUGUCCGUCCUCUCGCCACCUCCACCCCUUUCAGCAAAAUCUCAUUUUAAUUUCUUUUUUCAAAAAUUGAUUGAGUUCUUACUGUGUGCCCAUCAUGAAGGCCUUUUUUGAAAGAAAAUCAAAAUUAGUUGUUUUGCCUCCAAGUACUCCAUAUGAGAUGUCUUGAGUAGGAAAAAAACACAAACUACCAAACCAAAGGUUCCUCUAUUUGAAAUAUCAUGUGUUCGUUCCAGCAAGGCGGAAAACUGCACCUUCUUUCCAGUGACAUGUCAUUUUUUAAAGUCCUCUUAAUUUUUAGAUACAUAUUUUUGGUGUGUGUGUUAAUCAAGCUGCCUAACCAGCCAUCUGGUCUGCACCAAUGCAAAGGUUUCUGAGAGGACCAUUGUAUUCUCUAUCCCUGUGGAUAUAAAGACACUGGCAUUUUCUUUCUUUUCCCCUUUAAUUUUUAAGGGACUUAACUUCGGAAUCUUCCAAAGGAAGUUUGGCCAAUCCCAGAUCACCAGUAGUUUGGCUUCUUUUUUUUUUUUAAUGAAAAUUGUAACCGAUUUCUGUUGUUCUUAGUGAUCAUCUAAUCACAGAGCCAAACACUUUCUCCCGUCUAUAGAAAAACAAAUUCAGCAUGCAUUACAAUAAAACCUGUCUUUUCUGAUAGAAACCUGAGCCACUGAAGAUAAGAGAGACAACUAGAAGCAGAGUAGAGUCCCAGACUAAGGUCUACGUUUGAGAGGCUUCGAAAGUAAUCCCGGAGGUUUGGGUUAUUUUCACAAGGGUUAUGACGUUUUACUCAAGUUUGUUGCUCCGUUUUGCACCUCUGCAAUAAAAGCAAAAUGACAACCAGUACAUAAGGGGUUAGCUUGACAAAGUAGACUUUCUUGUGUUAAUUUUAAGGUUUUUUUUUUCAUACUAUAUCUGCUACAGGCAGAUUCAGAUAGAUGUAUGAAAUGUGCUUGCCUGUAAAAUUGCAUUUAUAAAUGUGUUGCCGAUGGAUCACUUGGGCCUGUACACAUACCAAUUAGCGUGACCACUUCCAUCUUAAAAACAAAUCUAAAAAACAAAAUUUAUUAUAUAUACAUAUAUAUAUAUAUAUAUAUAUAUAAAGGACUGUGGGUUGUAUACAAACUAUUGCAAACACUUGUGCAAAUCUGUCUUGAUAUAAAGGAAAAGCAAAAUCUGUAUAACAUUAUUACUACUUGAAUGCCUCUGUGACUGAUUUUUUUUUUUUCAUUUUAAAUAUAAACUUUUUUGUGAAAAGUAUGCUUAAUGGUUUUUUUUCCCCCCUUUUCCCCAUUCCCUUGUAAAUACAUUUCGUUCUAUGUGACUUGGUUUGGAAAUAGUUAACUGGUACUGUAAUUUGCAUUAAAUAAAAAGUAGGUAGCCUGGAAAUGAAAUUAAAA